AUGUUUCCAGUCUCGAAUUUUUUUGAUACCUUUACAAAAGACGAUAUUUAUAUGGAUAGUAAAUCAUUUGUUGGAACUUGUUUGCUUAUGGGUGAUAUCGAUCAAUGUAGAACCGAACUUUUAUUUCAGGCAGCCGUUUCUUAUGCGUCUAUUGGCAAAAAAGUCUAUUAUUAUUGUCCAUUUCCAUUGCAAACCGUUCCGUUAGGUGUUCAUUCAAUGCCUGAAGCGACAGAAUCAUCACUGCAAUUAAUUCAGUUCCACUAUCCACAUUCGACAUCUGAACUUUACAAUCACUUAACAUCUAUCGGAAGUAAUUCAAAGAAGGCAACACCUCUAACUUAUCCUGAUGUAAUAAUUAUCGAUGAUUAUUAUGAUCAUUAUUCUGAUAAAACAUUUACACCACAGCUAGAUGAUUCUAUAUAUAAAUUUUCAUCUGAUUUUGCAUUAAUAAAAGCUCAAUAUUCUCAAUUAGUUAAGAAAUUAAAAAAAGAAAAGUUGAUUUUAAUUAAUUCAUGUACAUGUAUGGAAUCAUGGAUUGAAGAGAUAGCAUCGAUUUAUUAUGAUUUAUGUAUUCCUAUUUCAAUUGAUGAUACUACACACAAUCAUCGAGCGAUUUUUAAAAUGCCUGAUGACAAAAAAUAUAAAAUGUCGACAUCGAAAAAAGAUCGUUCAACUGAUCCUCGCUUACAAGCGCUGUUUCCAUUACCAACCGGAUUACGUGCGAGUGUUCAGUAUUAUGGCACAGCAAAUACACAAAAACAUAGAACAGAAGAAGAAUAUUUUGAUUCUGGCGAAGUCGAAGAAGACAUGCAUAAAAGUUCAAUAUCAACAUCCAAAUCACAGUAUUCACAUCCUUCUACUGUUCAUCUUCAACACAGACCGAUUAUUCCUCCACCCAAAAAAGUUUCCGCGAAUGACGAUGAUCUUCCAUAUCAACCAGGACCUGGAAGUCCGGGUUAUAAACAGGUAGAGAGUGAUGAUGAUGAUAAUGGAAAUGCGAAUCAAAACGAGGAUGAAGAAGAUGAUCCACUUGAUCAAUUUAUGAGUUCAAUUGAAAGUGAAGCAAAAAGAGAUCUACAAAGUAUAGGAAAAAAGAAAGAUAAAAAAGCGAUUAAAGGCACAAGAGAAGAUAUUGAACAAGAAGAUGAUCAAGAAUCAUAUUUUCGUUGGUUAGAGGAGAAUCCAAAUGCCGGUCUACCACUAGAAGAUGAUGACGACAUGGAUCGUGAGCUUGACUACGAUGAUGAUGGAAAUUUAAUUUUACCAGAAAAGUCAAAAUAUAUUGACCCGUUACCACCAAUCGAUCAUUCUGAAAUUACUUAUUUACCAUUUGUAAAAAACUUUUAUGUUGAACAUGAAGAAAUUAAAAAAUUAACAAAUGAUCAAGUCGAAGCAUUACGUCUGAAACAUGGAGUGAAUGUUGCUGGUGCCGCAAUUCCAAAACCAGUUGCCAGUUUUGCACAUUUUGGCUUUGAUGAACGAUUAAUGAAAAUAAUUCGUAAAUCAGACUUUACAUCGCCGACACCAAUACAGGCUCAAGCAAUACCAAGUAUUUUAAUGGGUCGAGAUGUGAUUGGCAUUGCAAAAACUGGAAGUGGUAAAACUGGAGCGUUUGUAUGGCCAGCAAUUGCACAUAUAAUGGAUCAGAAACAACUUGAAGAAGGGGAUGGGCCAAUUGUUUUAAUCUGUGCGCCUACACGUGAAUUAGCUCAACAAAUACAUCUUGAAUGUAAAAAGUUUGGCAAACCGUAUAACAUUAAUUCUGUGUGUGCAUUUGGAGGAGGCGGACUACAUGAGCAAACAUUAGCAUGUAAAGAAGGCUGUGAGAUUCUUGUUUGUACACCGGGACGUCUUAUUGAUUUAGUCAGGAAAAAAGGUACGAAUUUAAACCGGGUUACAUAUAUGGUACUCGAUGAAGCUGAUCGUAUGUUUGAUAUGGGUUUUGAGCCACAAGUACGCUCAAUUGCCGAUCAUGUUCGUCCAGAUCGUCAAUGUUUGUUAUUUAGUGCAACGUUUAGAAAAAAAAUAGAGAGAUUAGCACGUGAUAUAUUAAAUGAUCCAAUACGUAUUGUUCAGGGUGAAGUUGGUGAGGCAAAUCAAGAUGUAAUACAGAUAGUUCAAGUAGUACAAAACGGACCAAGCAAAUGGAUAUGGCUGACAUCAAAAUUAGUAGAAUUUACUAUUUCAGGAAAAGUGCUUAUCUUUGUAACAAGAAAAGACAACUGCGCAGAAUUAGCUAAAAAUUUAAAAGAAAAUGGUUACAAUGCUGGUUUGAUUCAUGGUGAUAUGGUUCAAAUGGACAGAAAUCAAGUGAUUAGUGAUUUUAAAAAGCGUGAUAUGCCAAUUUUAGUGGCAACAGAUGUUGCAGCUCGUGGUUUGGAUAUUCCAUCUAUUCGUACAGUGAUUAAUUACGAUGUUGCUCGUGACAUAGAUACUCAUACACAUCGUAUUGGACGAACAGGACGAGCCGGUGAAAAGGGAACGGCAUAUACAUUGUUAACACCGAAUGAUACUGACUUUGCACCAGACCUAGUACGCAAUCUAGAAGGCGUUAAUCAAUUUGUACCGCAAGAAUUGAUCGAUUUAGCAAUGCAAAACAGCCGUUUUAAUAACACGCGUUUUAAACAAGGUACUGGUAAACGCAUUGAUAACAAUCGUCUACAACAACGUGAGCGCCCUGGAUUUGGAUCAACAACCACUGUUACUAGUCAAACUUCAUCAUCAUCAUCAUCAUCAUCAUCGAGUCCAUUUUCUUAUAUUGGGACAAGACCGAAUGCUGGUCCGAUGGCUGAUUGGAGAGGAAUGGGAUCACAAGGCUCAAUUAGCGGUGGAAGAGGAGACAGAGCAGCCGCGAUGAAACAAGCAUUUCAACAACAAUUUAAGUCAAGUUUUGUACGUAAUACAAUUGCUCGUCGAUGUCUAUUUUUCAUCAUUUAUUUUGUUUUCCAGGUUGCAGCCAGUUCUCAUGAUACAGGUUUUCGUAAAGCAAACUCAGUGGCUGUACCUAGUUCAGUCACUCAGAAACGUACACAAAACAAUAAAGAUUCAAGUGACAAUAGCGAUCCAUCGUCAAAAACGAAAAAAAGUAGAUGGAGUGAUUAA